AUGAUUUUUAAGCCAUUUGUUGUUGUAUUUUUUGGAAUUUUGAUUUGCACAGUAGACAUUAUUUAUGCGACAAACCUUGAGAGUAAACUCUUUGAUAUUGAUGUCGCAAUAGCUCGGUCUGUAGAAGGACAAAUAAAGGCGGCUAGAAUUCAGAUGCAGGAUUCUGAAACCAAGCUCAGACAAAUUAGCGGAAGCUUGAAAAUGAAAGUUGAAAAUAUACUUGGAAAAUUAACUGCGGCUAGAAUGCAGAUCCAGGAUGCUGAAAGUCAGCUUGGCCAAAUUAGCGGAAGCAUGGAAGAGGAUGAAGAAAUUCCAAGUGAAAAGGUAGUAGGAAUGUUCAGUGAUGAUAUUAGAAAUAAUCAGGACCGUCAACUUAACAAUGGAGCAGGCAGGGGUGGAACUUCAACAUUUGAUUCGGAGGGACCGAUAAUAUAA